AUGGUGAAUUUUGAUUCGCUAGUAAUAAAGGCGGACGUCUGCGAAGACAGGUCUAAAAUAUUCAAUAGCGUGUGUUGUUGUCUUUUUAAACCGAUUUUCGAACACAUUUUUUAAAAAAACCUGUUCACUCGGUUUUUUCGGGUUUUUUGGUCGGUUUUCGGUUUUUUGUAGAAACAGCCUCACACUAGGGAGAACUUUUAUUCGUGGGAAGGCACUGGGAGAAGAAAUGCAAAGUUACUACAGGGAGUUACUAAUAAGUAAAAUAACUUACAAGUUCCACGCUACAUUCUUUCAUAGUGACGUCAUAAAACAUGAAAGUUUCUACUGGCUUUUGACUGUCUUUUCAACUUCCGGAAGAGACACUCUACUGAUUUCGGUAAUAUCUUAGACAGCUAUUUCAAUUAAAGUUGUCACCGAGACAAUACUCAAUAGUCAAAUGUGCAAUAUGGGCGCUAAAAGGAUGAUGGGAAUAAUCAUAGUUUUAAAAAAGUUUAGCAUAUCAGUAGCUUCGUGGGGAUGCUUUUGCAAAUGCAAAUGAAGUUUUAGAAUAUGCAAAAUUUGGUUGUUGCUUAAACAAUUUAAAUUUCGAGUUGUCGCGUGUAGCAUCACAAUAAAUAAAUAAAUUGUAUCAGUUCCACGAGGCACAUUAGGUUUCUGAUGUGUUAAGCUUGUUUCAAACGUCGCGCUACUCAUGUUCCGAACGCAUUAAAAACAAUAGAAAAUGAGAUGAAAUGCCUUUGGUAACUGUUUAUUUCGUAGUGUAAGUGUCGGCGAACCUAUAUAGUUCUUGCAGUGUCUUUUUCAAUUUGAAACUUCACACUAUCCUUGGAUCCCUAGUUGUAUAUGAUGUAAGAUUCUCCCACCCUAGGGUAUAGAUGAUGAAUAUAGUUCCUAAGUACCGGUGGUAUUGUUGGCCCCCUGUUCAGUGCCUUCGAAGCUGGCCAUGGAAACUGGUCAUGCUAUGCUAAUAAACGUGCAUCUAAAUAGGUUAAAAACAAUACAUUUCUAAAGGUUUGAAUAAUGUAAAUUUCUAUGCCUAUGGCUAGCUCGCCACUGCCCAUGUCUGAUACAUGUUUAUUUCGCUAGGUCUACUCGAGAUUCAGAUCCAUCGGAGCAAGAACCAAGACGAGCUGCUUGUAAUAAUUCACGAAGGGGGAUCAGAAGGGCGCCUGCGAGGAAGACGAACGAAAGAAGACAUGACAGCGGUCACAACAUUAAAAGUCCCUUGAAAAAAGUGAGAGUUUACUUUAACUAUCCUUCCGAAUGUCCAAUCACACGCAAAAACUGUAGUAAGCAAGCCACUGUACCAUCAAAGCAAAAUUAGUUUUAAGCUCUGAAUCGUCUUCCUUUUAUGAUCCAGUCAUGAAACGGUUGCCUUACUGCAGUUUCACGUUAUACGCGUCCACGUUAUACAAAAAUGUUGUGAGUAUUAUUGUUGUUUUUGACAUUUAGGCGCGGUCAUUAAUUCAAUAUCACAAACUUCAAUAACUGAACCAAGCCCGGCUAUUUUUACAAUUAAUAAGUCAUUAAAAUAUAUAUUUAUUCCAUUCGUCAAUUGAAUACUAGAAUAUUGCCUUAAUAGUUAACAUGCACCGAAGGACGUACAAGAACAAACAGCCUCAUUAAGAAACGAAACUUUUAAAAUCAUUGUUCCCUAUCAGCCAUUUCCCAAAGUCUUGGCAGCACACAUUUAAAUGAAAUGUUUGAUGUAAAAAGGAGAUAUUUCAUUUUUGGUCGUCUAAAAAGUUGAUAUUUUAUAGCAGAUACUUUUACCCUUUCACAUAUUUGACGCCUGUCACCAUAUAUUUUGUCCCUCCAAACGAUCCCAGAAUGCACUAAAGAUUUAUUACUCUCAGCUAUAAAUAGCCGCAACGUCAAUCUGUUUUCAUUUCUGACAUUGAAAUCAGUGCUUCCACAUUUAAAUGUUCAAUUUCCAUAUAUGGCAGCAAAAUAAAAUUCCGUAAAUUACCUAUGCUAUCUCUAAACAUCGUACGUUAUCCAACAUAUUUCAAUUUGAGGCCUGGGACGAGUUUUAAAUUUGGGAUACCGACAAUCUCGUACCCAAAGCCAUUAGGGAUGGGUUUGAUAAAACAUGAUAAAAACAUGUAGAGCACAGGUGUACACAGAUCAGCAGGGCACUAGCUAGGUCCAUACUAUGUGUAAUAUUCAUUGAAAACGGAUUAAUUGGACUUUUAACGCAUAUUUUAGCACAAUUAACAACAUUUUCUGGAUACUGAAAUUUCCAUAGAAUUUUCAUCAUUUUUUUCAGUUUCACAAAAAUUUCCUUCCAGAUUUUUAUUAAAUUAGCGAAUUUCUCGAAAUGUUGAGAAACCGAGGUGGCGUAUUGCUUUGGUUGGUUGCUGGGCUACACUAAUUCUGGGGGUUAAGAUGGAUGCUAAGGUUUUCCUCAUCUCGUCUUUCCCUUUCUUCUGCAAAACCUCAAAAGACCUGAACAUUUCUGUAACCUAGAAUACUAUUUCCUAUGUUAGUAUUAAUGUGCGUAUUUAUAUCCCAGGCACCACAUCCAUUAGGAUGCCUCAGUCCCAACAAAGAAUUCUCGACAGAUGCUGGUGAACCUAGCCAACAAUACUUGCAAGGCCAUGGUGAUAAGCUCCAUGAUAAUGACAGCGAGCAAGGGGAAUAUUCAAGGUUGACAACUCAAACAUCGUCCGAAACAUCCUCUCUGACAUCUUUACAUAGUUCUCUUGACGAACAUCAUAAGGAGAACAAUACCCGGGAUCAGAUGUCUGAGGUUGCAAGCAGCCACGAGCUAUCUGUUAAAAGUGAAAACCUGAUCGAGGUGAAGGAUGUUUCAGGAGUCAAACGAAAGCUCAGCGAAAGUGAUAUGUCAGAUGCGGUAUGCUAUUUAGUACUGUAUUUGCUCUAUUUAGUCCCCAGCCUUUUAGCCCCCACCCAUUCUAAUUGGCCCACUGUUUAGGUCUGAGCUCCCAUCCUCUAUUAAUUACGUAAUUUUCAAUGUGACAGACGAAAUCGCAGUUUCGACUGCGCAUUCUGGGCCGGAAACAAAUUGCAGUUGAACUAUAACAUGUAGCUGGGACAGGAAGAAUUAGAAUAUGCAUAUCAAAGUAUUGGAAUGUUCAGUCAUGAUUUGAAUAUGCAAAAUGUUGCUCAACGACCAAUUAGUUUCGGCACGGUUGAUUAAAUUAGAAAAUAUAUUACCUUUGGCGUACCUUUCUUUAUUUUGUUUUACACAGGCAGCAAAAUAUGCUAGUGUAAAAAUGAUUUAAUUUGAUAUUUACAAUUUUUGAUAUAUUACAAUUAAACAAGUUCAAUAAUUUGAUAUGCAUACAGUACUGCUCAGAAAUAACCUAAUGUUGGUAUUUUUUCUAUGUAGACAUCUACGUCCGGUCAUGUCAAAAAGAGAAAAAGUGCGCGUCUCACUGGAUGGUUCACAUGCGGCAGUAAUUUCGAAAAGAUUUCCUGACAUUAAAACUGCGUUGUUUCGUUUACUGGAAAGCGUACGGUAGGUACUGUUAUAAAGCCUGUUUUCCCCAUCAAUCGUAUCGUAAGGUAUCGCAGUGUUUUCUUUUGUGUUGAACAGGUGCGGAUCCACAGGUGGGGGGGGGGGGCAACAAAUACGCGAGAAAGUAUUCAUGCAUCAAUACUACGGGUCACCAUUAUAACGCAGGGUGUUAGCCAGGAUUUCAAAAGUGGCCGUCCAAAAUAAUUUUGUGGGCGUGGCCACAAAUUUUCGUGGUCGUGGUCACAUGUUUUUGGGCGUGGCCGCAAUUUUUUGUUGUAGUGGAAUUGUGGUGUUCUAUUCGUUAAACCUUUUUACUUUUAGAUGCACGUUUCCGUUAUUAAAUUAGUAAAAGCACACGUAUGGUAUGAACCGUAUGAUCACUACGAUGUACAGUAUAUAUAAUGAAGAACACAAUACAGCAGUGUAGUGUUUAAUUUUUUUAUCAAUCGCCGAUAUGUUUCCCUUUUUUUAUGCGUUUGGCUCAUUUUAUAGCCAUCUUUACCGUAACUGUAACGCUAAAGCAUGUGACGCUCGAGCGAUUGCUGUUUUUUUAAAACAGCGCUUUCAAAUUAUUCUCCUUGAUACUUUAUGCGAGAAUCAUCAACAUGGUUAAUUACAAAAACAAGGCGCGUUUGUCGAUACUUCAAUUCAGCCAUAAGUAAAGUAAACAGCAGAUGACAACAAUUCGAAGUAUUCAAGAAAUAUUACAAAGCUUGUAAAUUGCUAUUUAAAGAAAAUAUUCCCUUAGGCCGUCCAUGGCCGUCCAUUAAAAUUUAGCCGUCCGAAUUCAGAAUUAGUGGCCGUCCGUAGGACGGUCGGACGGCCGCCUGGCUAACACCCUGUUAUAACUGCAGUAGCGCUUUUCUUACCGGCUUUUUGCCCAAAAUACAAGUACUCUGAAGACAAAUUUUAGGAAUAAAUGUAGUGCUCAGAAUGCAGGCAAUGGCAUUUCAGGGCUUCAAAUUUCAAAAAUAUUCUGGAGACAAUGCCCCGCUACCCCUGUUGUAAUGCACCCCAUCUGGAAAACCUCUACCAAAUCAGGCUAGAUCCGCUCCUGGUGUUGAUGUCAUUAAUUUUGCUGUAGUGCUUAGCAUGCAACAAAGGGAUACGUUUCGUGACGGUACGGUUUAAAUGUAAAGCCUGGUUUACACCAUUCAAGUUUCUGUGAUAACAAUGGGAAGUUUGCAUGGGUAAAUUCCAAGUCUUGAAGGAUUUGUAAGUAAUGUUAGAUAGAUCUAACCCAGUGUUUACCAUUAAAGGCUGCAUUCCAGUUACGCGUUUUUCAUACGUGCGUACACGCACGUAAAAGUUGAAUUCGCUUUACAUCCUACUUAUGAAAUAACUAAAUUUAUAAAGCUAUGUUUACAUUGUAUCGGAUCACUUUGCGUCCGACGCAAAAACCAUACCGGAUAGGGCUUCUGUUUACAUGUGAAAUGUUGUUAUCGUCUCAAUUUCUGCAACGGACCGGUGGUGAGGCGGUUCGCUCUUCGAAGUGGUGCGCGAUGUAUCGGAUCGCUUUUUGCAACGCUCUCAUUGUAAUGUAAACACAAAUCGGAGCAAUUUUCGGUUCAAUACGUGACUCAAGAUGGCAUCUGGGAAACAAAGACUUGCUAUUCUAAUCUUAUUUGCGGGUAUAGCUUGCUCACUUAUAUUAGAUGGGCGAGGGCGGAAGCUGUUUACACUUGGGCCGUAACGUUUCGUGAACGAAGCAAAAACCGAUCCGAUACAAUGUAAACAUAGCCUUAAUGUGUAUUUGUUAAGGUUAUUUGCACUUAUAUGAAAUUUUAAGCGAAUUCAACUUUUACGUGCGUGUACGCACGUAUGAAAAACGCGUAACUGGAAUGCAGCCUUAAGUCAGUUUGCUCAAAUAUUUCUUACAAAUCCUUUUCCCACGAAAAAUUUCUACUGUGAUCACAGACACUUUGGUAGUGUAAAUCAGGCUGGAAGGACCUUUUCUACUUCAACCGUAUCGUAAAUUAUCGUAGCAUAUUUUUUUUUCUGUGAAAGUCAUUAGGGAUAUAUUUGACCUUUUUGCUGCCAUCUUUAAGCACUAGCUGUAACCAAUGACGACAUAACACACAAAAUAUAAGAUGCCCGAUAACUUGGGAACGAGAUAAACUGCAUGGGAAUAAAUUGUUAAGGCAUUCUUGAUAAUUUUCAUGUCAAUUUCAAGUGAUACCUAAAAACUGGGGAGAAAAUUUCGCAUCCCUUGCACCAUAGAAUAAAGAUCCAUAUAGAGGGGCCACUUACGUCGGAAGCUUUGAAGUUUCUGUCCUCGCGCAUGUCGCAUUACGCAUGUUGGCCGCCAUUUUCCUAGCCAGUCAAUGACAUUUUCUGGCCAAUAAACACGCUGUACUGGCUGGCUGCUCCGCCUUCUGGCCAGUAAACUGCAUAUUUUUGCAUGAAAAAACGAGGACACGUUGCACCGCUGAGUGGCCCUUCUGUUACUGAUCUUUAUUCUGUGCCUUGCACUUUAACUAAAACUUUAUUUCAUUUUUUCAGGUUUGAGCCCCUGCUUCUUUCCGCAGUAUGUGCAGCCAUUCGACGCAUCUUAAAUAAUAACCUGAAAUUAACAACCUGCUAAUUUAGGAUGUAAAAUAUAUUUUAUUCUAUAUGAGUUCAACAGUGAUUCUUAUUUUAAUCAAUAAAUGUGUCCUAUUUCUAUCGAAAA